AUGCUGGAGGGUGCUUACCAGACUGGAGCCGGUACCGACUCAUUGAAAGAGUCUGGUAUUGUAAUUGGGGAGCGAAAUAUAUUGAUGAAAAGAUUAAAAACACAAAAACAAAUGCUACAGCCCUAUGCCCCUUGUUGUGCUGCAUGGGGCUGUAUCAUUUGUUUUUUGAUUUUAUCAUUUUGCUGUGGAGAAAAAGGACUCCCUGAUGAGCCAUGUGGCCUGUUUGAGCGAUUUUCAAUAUCGAAACAUGCAAAUUCUCAUUCCUGUAUACGGUACUCGGAGCAACCAAGCAAGCAACGCAAAAGAUCCGAAGGAUUUAUGGAGGUCAUUGUGGUAUUGUGGUGGUGUGAACUGCAUUUUGGCAACUGUGCAAAUGACGAAAAUGGUCUUUAA